AUGCACAGUCACCCACGCCCAUUCCCCGCGCCCUCCACGCCUCACCCACGUCCCCCACGCCCUCUACGCCUCGCACACGCCACCCACGCCACACCUAUGUCCCCCACGCUUCGUUCACGCCCUCCACGCUUCAACCACGCCCUCCAUGCCUCACCCACGUCCCCCACGCUUCGUCCACGCCCUCCACGCCUCGCACACGCCAUCCAGGCCUCGCUACGCCCUCCACGCCUUGUCCACAUCCUCCACACUUCACCCACGCCGUCCACGCCUUGCAUGCACUCCAUCCAAGCCCACGCCCACCACGCCUCGUCCAAGUCAUCCACGCCUCGCCCAAAACCCUCCACGCCCCACCCACGCCCCCCACGCCUCGUCCAAGCCCACUACACCACUAUCACCCCAUAA